AUGAGCGAGGAAUUGUCGUUGUCGUCGUUGUCAUCAUCAUCAACGACAAGUACCAACCCACCAUCAGGCAUCAUUAUGGGUACGUCAGAUACCGGUGAAUCUCCGAUAACUAAUCAAUCAAGCAGCUCAGUCACUGAGUUGCAAAGUAGGAACCCUUUCAGACAACCGGCACAGUCAAAUCCUCCAUCCAAUGAUGAUUCGGCAUUGAAGCAAUCAUCAGAGUCUGAGCCCCCACACUACAACGAUCUAAGUCUAAAUGACACACAAACGAAUCUCAUCACUACCAUAUCUAAUGACGAGCUUAUAAAAUACCCGUUCAAAACUAUAAAUCGUAUACUUGAUGAUUUGAAAUGGACCAUACCGACGAAGGAUAGAUUGGAGACUAGUUUGUUAAAUGGGAAACCUAUAGAGUAUGCGUUUCCGUUGAGCCAACUUGUCAACUCUAGCCCCUUCAGUUUCCAGACAUUAAUAUUGAACGAGUUUGUAGAGUAUUGCCCUUCAGUUGAAGAGAGAAGGAUAGAGGAGACCAAUCAGAUUGUACGAGUUGUUCGUGGUUUAUUGGUUGGCAGAGAUCCCAGGUGUUUCCAUUUCAGAUUGGUAUCGGUUGAAGAUGAGCCAAAAUUAGGUAUCGGAAAUGUUAUAGACAAGCACCAAUGGCAUGUUAUCCCAAAGAAUCUCAUAUCUGUACAUGAAUUGAAAUUAUUGUUGGGAGACUACCCUGAACAGGAUCAUACAGUUGACGACGCAUAUUUCAAAAGCCUUAAUUCACUGCACAACAACCUACUUAGGUUAACCGUCUUCCAACCAGAGUUCACUAGUGCAGAGUUGAACCUGCUCACAAGCGAAAACAUCAUCAAAGAUAGAUAUUUGUCCACGUACGAACGUCAUCCCGGAUUAACAAGCGACUUGGUGCCUUCUCCUGUGAAUUGUAUAAGCACAUUGAUCAAGGUUUUAAGAGGACCAAUAGAAUACAAGGAUAUGCCACAACGGACAAUCAGUUUGAAGAACACAAAGAUGGAAACAUUUAUUGACACCAAUCUUUUGCUUGAAAAGCUAUCAUUUCAUUUGAAUGAGGAGCAAAAUACGGUUGUUCCACCAGACCUAUCCAAGUCACCAGCAUUAGAAGAAUCAUUUGUGAGAAAAAUCCUCGAGUUGAUCUAUGUUGGUAGGGGCUUGUUUGCGGAAAAGAACGAUUUUCGGUCCAAUUAUUCCUUCUCGGAUAACAUGUCUCGAGUGUUCAGUAUACUUGCCGAAUACGACAAAUUGAGUAGUAUCAACAACUACAACAACAAUGUGGCUAACAAGUUGCCAGCAUUUAUUACGUUGAGUGCGUCAACAUACUUUCAAGAAGAACUAUUGGUCAAGUGCUUUGAGCUCUCGGUACAAUCCGACCCUUUGAAUAAAUUGUACUACAUCGACGCUUUGAAGGAUGUAAGCAAUUUUGUCGCAAGCUCCUCGAGAAUAAACAAAUUGAAUGCAUACUUGAACAAACUUUCGCAAAACGGGGAGCUUGUUGGGUUCAAAGAUUAUGUGUCUUCAUUGCAAACUUUGGGAGUCGUGGUUGAUUCUAAUACACCAGUAGAUUCGAUUGACGAUGAUGUUAUUAUUGCAAUGUACAAAGACCAGUGCACAAGUGAUCCAAAAAAUUACCAGUACUUUUACAAUAACCUCAAAAGAGUUGCUUACGCAAAAAACUCCAACGCUUUGAAAUCUUUUUUAGCAAUCGAAGUUAUUCCAAUGAACUUGGCGUUGCUGGAGCUUGGAGUAGAAGAAAUCACCGAGGAUGAUGUUGUUGUCACUGCUUACGAGUUCAAGGCAGAUGAUUUGCUACAGCAAAACGGCUUUAAUGCAGAUGCGGACGAGAUUGUAUUUUUGAACAGGGCCUUGGCCUCAGUGGCAAUAAAUAGAAGAAGCUAUCUUUUGUUGAAUUACUUGGAAACAAAACUUCCGGAGUACGUCAAAGUUCCCGAAUUGGAGAAUAUAACAGAAGCAAGGGCUUACGAGCUUCUCAAUGCCAACGCAAGGACUUCGGAGUUUGAAAUUAUUAGCAACUUUCAAAACAAAUCAUUGUCACCUGAAGUGGAUAUCCGUCAGUUGAGAUUUGCCAUGAAUACAAUUGCCGAGUUUCGCAAAUCCGAAAUUUUGUUGAAUUUUGUCAAAACAGGCAAGAUUGAUUCAUUCUUGUUACCGGCAGAAAAUUGGCCUGCAGGAUUAGAUAAUAUUGGAAACACGUGCUACUUGAACUCUUUAUUGCAGUAUUACUUUUGCAUCAAGCCUUUGCGAGAUUUGGUUUUGGAUUUUGAUGAGGACGAUUUUGAUGUGUUUGAUUUUUCAGGGUCAAGAAAGAUUGGUGGUCGGAAAGUUGAGCUUGCUGAAAUACGUCGGUCGAAUCAGUUUAUUUAUCAGUUGCAAAAGUUGUUUCAAGAGAUGAUCACAACUGACAAGAGGUGUGUUCAACCUAGUAAAGAGUUGGCGUAUUUGUCAUUUUUGCCAAUGUCGCAACCAGUCAAUUUUGAGCAGAAGGAAAGUCACCCUGUUCCACAAGAUUUAGACGAGGAAGGGGAUGUUAAAAUUGAGGACAAUGAUAGUGGAGUUGUUGAACAAGUUAAGGAUGAUCCAUUCAAGGAUGAAAAUGAUACAACCUUCGAUGUAGGUGGUCCCGAAGAAGUCAUGGCCAAAAGUGAUGACAACGAUGAAGUCAAAGUGGAGUCACGCAUUAUUGGAGAGGACGUGAGUACAGACAAGUUUAUUGAAGACAUUGACACCUCAGAGUCUACCAGCUCUACAUCUUCACAGACUGAUGGUCUGAAAUCCAAAAUGUUGGCGAUUUCCACCGAUGAGAUUGAGAGCACAAUUGAGAUUGGUCGACAGCAGGAUGUUACUGAAUGUAUUGAGAAUGUUAUUUUCCAAAUUGAACUGGCAUUACCUCCAACGUACUUGGAUGAUGAUGGCGAACAAUACGAUUUGAUAAAGAAGCUAUUUUUUGGCAAAACAAAGCAAACUAUCCAGCCAUUGGAGUCAACUGAAUCAAGUUCAUCAUCAGAAGCCAGGGUUUUGAUGGAGCGGUUCAACAGUUUAAUCAUUAAUGUAAGUGACCAUCCAAAGAGUAUCUACGAUGCUUUGGAUAAUUACUUCAAUGAGGAUACCGUGAAAUUGGAAGAAGGUUUGGCAAAGAAAUCGAUAACGAUUACUGAACUUCCCCAGAUAAUGCAAUUCCAUGUACAAAGAGUCAUGUUUGAUCGAGAAAAGUUGAUGGCAUAUAAAAGCAUUGAGCCCAUUCCAUUUAGUGAUAAGAUAUAUCUCGACCGGUACUUGGAUACAGAAGAUGAGGUUAUUUUGUCAAAGAGGGAAGAAGUUUUUCAAUGGAGGAGAGAACUUGCGGAGUUGACCAGCCAAAAGAAUGAGAUUUUGGCUGUUGAUGAAGACACUUCAAUGAAUAUCAUUGAUAGCUUGAUCACGACAAAGGCAUUUUUGGAGAAGAAAGUACGCGAUGAUGAUAAGCUCUCAAUUGAACCAACUACAGUUCGAGUUUUGUCUGAUCAGAUUACCCAGUUGAGGAACCGAGUUGAGGAAAUCGAAUUGAGGAUUAACCAGAUUGAAGUACAAAUGAGCACUCAAUUUGACAACUACACUCAAGUUGGAUACUCGAUCUUUGCCAUAUUCAUACACCGAGGCGAGGCAAGUUAUGGGCAUUAUUGGAUAUACAUCAAAGAUCCUGAUCAAAACAACAUUUUCAGGAAAUAUAACGAUGAAAUCGUGACUGAAGUGUCUGACGCGGAAGUGUUCAAUUUUCUUGAAGGAAACACAGCAACCCCAUAUUAUAUUGUAUAUGUCAAGAGUGAUCUAGAAAAGGAUUACAUCAAUCCUUUAAAUAGAGUGAUUAGUUGUAAGUAA